AUGACCGGGUCGUUCAAGGCGGCCGACCUGACGGUCACGAAGACCGAGAAGUGCAAGCCGAUCCCCGCGCCGCAGGACCUGCGCUUCGGCACGGAGUUCACCGACCACAUGCUCACCAUCAACUGGAGCAAGGCCACGGGCUGGGCCGCGCCGAAGAUCACCCCGUUCGCCCCGAUCCCGAUGCACCCGGGCUCCUCCGUGCUCCACUACGGCAUCACGUGCUUCGAGGGCAUGAAGGCCUACCUCGGCGCCGACGGCAAGGGCCGCCUGUUCCGCCCCGACAUGAACAUGGCUCGCUUCGCGCGGUCGUGCGCGCGCCUGGCGAUGCCGGAGUUCGACACGAAGGAGCUCGAGAGCUGCAUCAAGGAGCUGCUCAAGGUCGACCGCGCGUGGCUCCCGCCGCAGGACGGGUACUCGAUUUACAUCCGGCCGUUUGCGUACGGCAACAACCCGGCGCUGGGGCUCGCGGCGCCGAGCGAGGCGACGAUCUGCGUGAUUCUGUCGCCCGUCGGGCCGUACUACCAGAGCGGGCUGAAGCCGAUCGAGCUGUUCAUCGACGAGCUGAACGUGCGCGCGUGGCCGGGGGGGUCGGGGGACUCCAAGGUCGGGUACAACUACGGCCCGACGAUCAAACCGGGCAUGGACGCGGCGCGCGCGUACGGCUCGUCGCAGGUGCUGUACCUCCUCCCGGACAAGCAGAACCCCGACAAGAGCACCGUCGCCGAGUGCGGGACCAUGAACAUCAUGUUCGUGCUCGGGCCGAAGGAGGCUGGGGGUAAGCCCGAGCUCGUGACGCCGCCCCUGGACGGCACGAUCCUCCCGGGCGUGACGCGGGACUCGAUUCUGCGGCUGACGCGGGGGUGGGGGGACUUGGAGGUGUCUGAGCGGCAGCUGACGCUGGGGGAGCUGCGGGCGGCGCACGCGGAGGGGCGGCUGCUGGAGAGCUUCGGGUGCGGGACGGCCGCGGUGGUGACGCCCGUGCUGGGGUACAAGCGGGCGAACGGGGAAGUGUUGAAGUCCAAGGUCGACAUGACUCAGCCGGGGGGGUCGGUGUGCGCCAAGGUGUACGAGCAGCUCACCAAGAUCCAGUGGGGCAAGGAGCCGCAGCACGAAUGGAGCGUGCCGUUCGAGUGA